CAUGUUAGAGAAAAACGCACAACUGCUAGUCUACAAAUGGCUUAAGAGUCUGCGUUUUUCGGAUGGACAUGCAUCGAACAUAUCAAGGCUGGUUAAUAUAGAGGACUGCAGAUUGUACGGAAUGAAGAGUCAUGACUGCCACGUGUUUAUGCAAACACUCAUCCCAUUAGCUUUUUGUGAUUUGUUGCCAAAGGGAAUAUGGGAUGCACUCACGGAGAUCAGUCAUUUCUUCAGAGAUAUAUGCUCCAGCAAGUUGAAUGUUGAUCACAUUGAGAGGCUUCAAAUGAAUAUCGUCGAGACACUAUGCAAACUUGAGAUGAUAUUCCCUCCAUCAUUUUUUGACUCAAUGGAGCAUCUCCCUAUACAUCUACCGUUCGAGGCAAAAGCUGGAGGACCGGUCCAAUAUAGAUGGAUGUACCCAUUCAAACGGUACUUGUUUAAUCUUAAGAAAAAGGUUAAGAACAAGGCGCAUGUUGAGGCUUCGAUAUGUGAGGCCUAUAUUGUUGAGGAGAUCUCAACAUUUAUCUCGUACUAUUUCGAACCUCAUCUGAGAACGAGAAUCAAUCGCGUUCCACGGCAUGAUGAUGACGGUGAAGUGCCUUCCAGUGGGAACUUGUCAAUAUUCUCCAAUACUGGACGACCCACACCUAAAAAUGCCGUAAGAGGAAGAUAUUUGUCGGAAAUAGAGUUCAAACAAGCACACAACUAUGUUCUAUUUAACUGUGAUGAGCUGAGACCUUUUAUUCAGCAACAUCGUCAAUAUUUGCUCUCCAAUAACUCACAGCUGACCGAAUCCCAGAUCUUUCAAUUACAAGAUGAGCAGUUUGCCACGUGGUUCAGAACACAUGUAAGCACUAUCACAAACUCAUUCUAACUUGCAAAA